GUCACGUGGGGGGCGGGGCGGGCCCGGGGCGGUGCCGAUCGCGGUUCGGAGCGCGCAGAGCGGAGCGGGCGCGGUGGGGGCCGCCAUGGUGGAUUACCACAGCGCCGGCGGGCAGCCCUGCCCCUGCGGGCCCGGCCCCAACGGGGACUACAUGGCCCAGGAGGACGACUGGGACCGCGACCUCCUGCUCGACCCCGCCUGGGAGAAGCAGCAGCGCAAGACGUUCACGGCUUGGUGCAAUUCCCACCUCCGGAAAGCCGGCACGCAGAUCGAGAACAUCGACGAGGAUUUCCGGGAUGGCCUCAAGCUGAUGCUGCUCCUGGAGGUCAUUUCAGGGGAGCGGUUGCCGAAGCCGGAGCGAGGGAAAAUGCGAGUCCAUAAAAUCAACAACGUGAACAAAGCCUUGGAUUUCAUCGCCAGCAAAGGCGUCAAAUUGGUUUCCAUCGGAGCCGAAGAGAUCGUGGACGGGAACGCGAAGAUGACGCUGGGGAUGAUCUGGACCAUCAUCCUGCGCUUCGCCAUCCAGGAUAUCUCGGUGGAAGAGACGUCGGCGAAGGAGGGGCUCCUGCUCUGGUGCCAACGGAAAACCGCACCCUACAAGAACGUCAACGUCCAGAACUUCCACAUCAGCUGGAAGGACGGCCUCGCCUUCAACGCCCUGAUCCACCGGCAUCGGCCGGAGCUGAUCGAGUACGACAAACUCCGGAAGGACGAUCCCGUCACGAACCUCAACAACGCCUUCGAGGUGGCCGAGAAAUACCUGGACAUUCCCAAGAUGUUGGAUGCCGAGGACAUCGUAGGGACGCUCCGGCCGGAUGAGAAGGCCAUCAUGACCUACGUGUCCUGCUUCUACCAUGCUUUUUCCGGGGCUCAGAAGGCGGAGACGGCGGCGAACCGGAUCUGCAAAGUCUUGGCCGUCAACCAGGAGAAUGAACUCCUCAUGGAAGACUACGAGAAACUCGCUUCCGACCUCCUGGAGUGGAUCAAGCGGACGAUUCCAUGGCUGGAAGACCGGAGCCCCCAGAAGACGAUCCAAGAGAUGCAGCAGAAGUUGGAGGAUUUCCGGGAUUACCGGCGUGUCCAUAAACCUCCCAAAGUCCAGGAAAAAUGCCAGUUGGAAAUCAACUUCAACACGCUCCAAACCAAACUCCGGCUCAGCAACCGCCCGGCAUUCAUGCCUUCCGAAGGGAAAAUGGUCUCGGACAUCAAUACAGGUUGGCAGCACUUGGAGCAGGCGGAAAAGGGCUACGAGGAAUGGCUGCUGACGGAGAUCAGGCGCCUGGAGCGCCUCGACCACCUCGCCGAGAAAUUCCGGCAGAAAGCGUCCAUCCACGAGGCCUGGACGGAAGGGAAGGAGGCGAUGCUGACGCAGAAAGACUACGGAUCCGCCACUCUUUCCGACGUCAAAGCUCUCCUCCGGAAGCACGAGGCCUUCGAGAGCGACCUGGCGGCGCACCAGGACCGCGUGGAGCAAAUCGCCGCCAUCGCUCAGGAGCUCAACGAGUUGGAUUAUUACGACUCUCCAAGCGUCAACGCCCGAUGCCAGAAGAUCUGCGACCAGUGGGACGUUCUGGGCUCGUUGACCCACAGCCGACGCCAAGCGCUGGAGAAAACGGAGAAGCAGCUGGAGACGAUCGAUGAGCUCCACUUGGAAUACGCCAAGCGGGCGGCGCCGUUCAACAACUGGAUGGAAAGCGCAAUGGAGGACCUGCAGGACAUGUUCAUCGUCCACACCAUCGAGGAGAUCCAGGGCCUCAUCACGGCUCACGACCAGUUCAAAUCGACCCUUCCGGAUGCCGACAAGGAGCGCGAGGCCAUCCUGGGGAUCCAGCGGGAGGCGCAGCGCAUCGCUGACGUCCAUGGCAUCCAACUCUCCGGGAACAACCCCUACACCUCCGUCACCCCCCAGAUCAUCAAUUCCAAGUGGGAACGGGUCCAGCAGUUGGUGCCGAAGCGGGACCGCGCGCUGCUGGAUGAGCAGAGCCGGCAGCAAUCAAACGAGCAUCUCCGGCGGCAGUUUGCCGGACAAGCCAACAUCGUGGGGCCCUGGAUCCAGACCAAGAUGGAGGAGAUCGGGCGCAUCUCCAUCGAGAUGAACGGAACGCUGGAGGAUCAGCUCAGCCACCUCAAGGAAUACGAGCGGAGCAUCGUGGAAUACAAACCCAACCUGGAUCUCCUGGAGCAGCAGCAUCAGCUCAUCCAGGAGGCCCUCAUCUUCGACAACAAACACACCAACUUCACCAUGGAGCACAUCCGGGUGGGAUGGGAGCAGCUUCUCACCACCAUCGCCCGAACCAUCAACGAGGUGGAAAACCAGAUCCUGACGCGCGACGCCAAAGGAAUCAGUCAGGAGCAGAUGCAGGAAUUCCGCGCUUCCUUCAACCACUUCGAUAAGGACCACGGCGGAGCGCUGGGCCCGGAGGAAUUCAAAGCCUGUCUCAUCAGUUUGGGAUACGAUGUGGAAAAUGACCGGCAGAAGCGCACGGGAGGUGUGGACACGGAUGACUUCCGAGCUCUCCUUGUCUCCGCCGGAUGCAGCCUGGGCGACGCGGAAUUCAACCGGAUCAUGAGCCUGGUGGAUCCCAACAACAGCGGGAUCGUCACCUUCCAGGCCUUCAUCGACUUCAUGUCCCGGGAAACCACCGACACGGAUACAGCCGACCAGGUCAUCGCCUCCUUCAAAGUCUUGGCCGGAGACAAGAACUACAUCACGGCGGAGGAGCUGCGUCGGGAGCUGCCGCCGGAACAGGCGGAAUACUGCAUCGCUCGGAUGGCUCCGUACCAGGGCCCGGACGCCAUUCCGGGUGCUUUGGAUUACAAAUCCUUCUCCACGGCGCUCUACGGCGAGAGCGACCUCUGAGCUCCCGGCAUUCCCGGAUCCCUCCUUGCCACGCUCCGCAUCCACCCGCACCGGCUCGCCCCUUCCCGACGGGAAGCACCGCCAGCACCGCAUUCCCACCGGGAAGUGCCACAUUCCCACCGGGAAGCACCACGUUCCUAUCGGGAAACACCACAUUCCCACCGGGAAGCGCCACAGCUGCCAGGAAAGAUGGUGUUCCCACCGGGAAGUGCCUCAUUCCUGUCAGGAAACACCGCGUUCCUGACGGGAAACACCACGGCUGCCGGGAAAGAUCGUGUUUCCACUGGGAAGUGCCUCAUUCCCGCUGGGAAAAAACAGAUUCCUGUCAGGAAAUGCCUCAUUCCCAUCAGGAAACACCAUAUUCCUGCCAGGAAGCACUACAUUCCUGCUGGGAAAGAGGAGAUUCUUGUCAGGAAACACCACAGUCCUGACGGGAAAGGCAGUGGUUGCCUGGAAACACCACAUUCCCAUUAGGAAACAGCAGAUUCCUGUCAGGAAAAGCCUCAUUCCCACGGGGAAGUGCCUCAUUCCUGUCAGGAAACACCACAUUCCCGAUGGAAAAGGCCGUGGUUGCCUGGAAAAAACACAUUCCCACCAAGAAACACUGGAUUCCUGUCAGGAAAUGCCUCAUUCCCAUUACGAAACAGCACAUUCCCGAUGGGAAAGGCCGUGGCUGCCUGGAAAGACCACAUUCCCACCAGGAAACGCUACGUUCCUGUCAGGAAAUGCCUUCUUCCUGCUGGGAAGUGCCUCACUCCUGUCAGGAAACACCACAUUCCCGCCGGGAAAGAGGAGAUUCCUGUCAGGAAACACCACAUUCCUGAUGGGAAAGGCUGUGGCUGCCUGGAAACACCACAUUCCCACUGGGAAACACCGUUUUCCUGUCAGGAAACACUACAUUCCCACCAGGAAAUGCCACAUUCCCGUCAGGAAAGACCACAUUCCAGGUGAGAAACACCAUUUUCCUGUCAGGAAACACCACAUCCCUGACGGGAAACACUACAUUCCUGUCAGGAAAUGCCUCAUUCCGGUCAGGGAACAGCAGAUUCCUGUCAGGAAACACCACAUUCCCAAUGGGAAACACCAUUUUCCCACCAAGAAACACUACAUUCCCACCAGGAAGCACCAAAUUCCCCCCAGGAAGCCCCACGUUCCUGUCAGGAAGCGCCACAUUCCCGCCGGGAAGCGCCGCGGCUGCCCCCGAUCCGGGUUUUUCCGCCUCCGACCUAUGCAAUGCGUUCUUUGGGAACAGGUUUUUCCCGUUUCUCCGGAGCCGCCUCCCCCCCCCCGCAGAUCCC